GGAAUUUAGAAAGACCUGGCGACCAGCAGAGCACCGGAAAAGCCUGUGUUUAUGUUGAAGGAUGUUUAGGAGUGCUCAAUUUGUGAUGUCAGCAUGCCUACUGGGGACCCAUAGAUCACUGUGUGGGACACUCAACAGCUCCAAGAAGAAAAAUCUUGGCGAGAGAGUGUGUAAUAGCCUCCUCUCCCAGCCAUUUUGUAUGGUCAGUAGCGAGAGAGGACCACAGAAGAAACAUCAUUAUAUAUCUGAGCCAAAAAACAGUAAAAAUGUUUCACAAAAAACACUUAAAAAACUGUUUUCUUGCCUUGUUAACACAAGCUGCUCUGUCAGUCCUGCAGACACUACUGACUUCCUAUCAGUGUGUAAAAUAAAUAUCUCAGUACAGCACUGUUCAAAUAGCACUUUUUCAGAUCAUUUCAUCCUCAGGGACUGUGUUCCUAACAAGUGCCUACUACCUGAAAACUAUAAAGGAAAACACAGAUGUUGUGUGGAUAAAUGGAGAGCAGAUCCAAACAGCAGCAGUAAAAGUCAGAAGAGCUACCGUAAUGCAGGGAUCAUGUCCUUCACUGAGUCAUAUGAGUUUAAUAAAGGGCUCUGGACAUCCUUUCAAGAGAGAUGGAGCAAACAUGGACCUCUGAAAUCCCAAGUGUGUGGUUUGCACAGGAGAGUCCCACAGCAGGCUGCUUUUGAAGACUGUCUGUCAGCUGAAAAUGAGGAGCGCUGCAGAGUCCGACUGCAGUCCAACACUGCACUGUAUGAGAAGCAGAGAGGGAAGAGCUGGGCAGCUGUGCUUGUGUCUCUGUGCACAGUAGGGGGAGAACCUGCCUUACUUUUCACCCUUAGAUCUAGCAAACUGAGGGGAAGACACAAAGGUGAUGUCAGUUUUGCAGGGGGAAAGCAAGACCCCUCUGAUAGAAACUUUGUGGAAACAGCACUGCGGGAAGCCAGGGAAGAAUUGGGGAUAAGCGUGACUGAAAAUGAUGUGUGGGGGGUUUUGAAGCCACUGAAUGAUAAGUCAGGAAUGAUGAUUGCUCCUGUGUUAGCUAACCUUGGGCCACUAGAGACUCUAACACUGCGUCCCAAUCCGGGUGAGGUGGAGGAGAUUUUCACCCUGACUGUUGCCCAUUUAUGCAACCCUCAGAACCAAGGAUAUACAAAUUUUCGCACUGGUAAUAGCUAUGUAUAUACUCUUCCUGUGUUUCACAGUGAUAAGUAUAGAAUCUGGGGCCUGACCGCAAUAGCAUUGGACCACACACUCAAACUCAUCAUGCCAGUGUAACAUCUGUAGAGCCAACAGGUCUCUAAAAAUGUUGAAAGAUUAAGUGAUGACAUCACUGUUUGCUUGUAAUAAUCGAGUCACCAGUGGUAGAAUUCAAUGCAAAUAUUGCCAUUUUUGUGCUGAGUGAACAUCAUUUUAAAAACUGUUGUUUACUAUAAUGAAUGGUUUUAUUGAUUAGGUAAUUAAAGAAAAACUGCUCAUCAGACUUUUCAAGGAGGCUGGAAUAAUGUAUAAAGAUCUGCAAGCAUUUGCAAUUUGCUGCUUUACAAAAUAUCAGUGUAGGAAAAUAAUUAUCUGCUUAACUAUGACGGAUUUUUACGGUCAAACCCACUUCUAUACAAUUCAUUUUGGAGUGUUUAAUUGGUUACAUCAUUUUACUUUGGGAAAACUUUAGCACCAUAUGAACCAGAAAAGGCACAGAUCUUUACCGGUUCUAAUAGCAUCUUUGUAAAAGUGCAUUCUUAUUUUUUGACAUUUAUUUCAUACUAAAAUGCAGUGUGAUUUUAAACAAAGGGCUUUUCAUGUAUUAUAUACAUAUUUUCAAGGGAUUAUCCUUCAUAUAAUUGUUGAUAAAUCUACAGAUUGGUCCAGCUUGCUGAAGCUGAAAUAAGUUUGUCAAGCAGUAACAUUUCUAAUUUAUAGUAAAAAAUUACUAUGAUAUAUUAAAUUGCUGUCAUUUAAAUUUUUUGUUUUGUUUGUAGUACCAAUGCACUCAAAAUACUUUAUAUUUGGUUAAAAUUUAUUAACCUAGAACUAUUUUCAUAACCCACUAUGACAAACACAAAUUAGACAUCAGGAAAAUUGCUUCCAAAAAAUAAAAAAAAAUCAUGAGGCCACUGACAUUAUCUCCAGCUACUGAAGAAGUUUUACAUGAGAGUCUCUAUGCUGUGAGAUAUACAGCAUAUCAGCAUAUGGCAGUUGAAAGGCUGAGGCAGAUAAGAUGUAGGUCCCAGCCACAGUUCAAUUCUGUAGCUGAACAUAUUAAAAGGGUAGAACUUAAAUAAGAAACACAAGGUAGUUCAUUGGAAUUACAACAUAGUAUGUGGGUAUGGUAUAAAUGUAUAUAUUUGGAGCACCUGGACAAAUGUAAGCUUGAAUGAUCCUAAUAAAAACUUAUUAACAGACACUCAAAUCUGAAGUAGAAC